AUUUUAUCUACCCGUCCAUCACUAUCAGCAACAUUGUUAGGACAGUGGUUACCAAUCCUGCGAAUCGGUUAUACAAUUAUUGAACCGGAAGUUAUUGAUCGACUAAGGAAACAGUCGGCACCCAUGUAUGUGGCUGUCAUGGGUUGGGACGGUUCCCGUGGAACGGGAUGUAUAGUAGGUCAUCAUCUAUCGGUUAAUAAUACGGACACAUUUACUGUUCGGGUACUGACCUGUGCGCACGCUGUCUGCCUGCAGCUACCCGUCCAAGUCUACGGUAUCCGUAUAUCAGGCCCGUCGGGUCAAACAGGACGGGUAGUCUUGAUGGAUCCGGGAUUAGAUCUGGCACUGGUUGAACUGAGUGUCGAUUCAACCGCUAGUAUACUAAACUUUCAGUGGCUGCCGACCACUGCCGACGGCGCUUCCGACGGCCAGUUGUUUGGCCAACCAGUCCUGGCGUUCGGGUUUCCCACUGAUAGCUACAAUCUGUGUACGGGUUUGGUUAGCUGUCCGGCUGGCCAACGGUUUGCUGAAGAAAACUAUAGACAUUUUGCUGCCUCACGUAAUGUUGAUCUAACCUCCCAACACCUACACUACCCCAUACCGGAUCAGCAAUCAAUAAUGGGAGGUCAGAGACAAUAUCCAGCGGACGGUACGUUCAAUAUUGAACAUACAGCUCAAACAGAGUCAGGCUAUUCGGGUGGUCCGCUAAUUGAUGCCGAUUCGGGACAACUGUUGGGUAUUAAUCAUUCAAUUGGUGUGAAUAUAACAUUUGCCAGUUCUAGCAAUUAUAUCAAUGAUUUAUUAGAUAAGGCCGACAUAUGUAAGGACAGACAGUUUCAGAGACGUCGGUUAGAGCACCGACCUAUCAGAUUGGGCUACGAGUUUGCCUACUAUUUUGAUUCAUGCAGUCUAACCGAUAAAAUUAUCGAUACCGACGGCAAUGCUUCACUGGAACCGACCGAUGAAAUUGUUGAACUAAAUGGACAAUUGAUUGAAUCGUUAGACCAUUUCAUCCAAUUGCUAGACCAGUGUCCAGACAAUCAACCGAUUAGUCUAACAGUAUUAUCCAUAGAGGAUAGCCAACUGUCCCAACCAACCAAAACUGUACGAUUGAUGCCAACUAAUGGACUGACCAGUGUUUAG